AUGGGUAUCCCCAUGUGGCGCGAGCCUUCUAAGUCCGAAGCAUCCAAGUCUGCUUUAGAGAAGGAUGCAUCUGCUUCUGCACGCUCAUCAAUUCGCCGGGGACCCUCGCGGCACAGUAGCUCCCGAGCCCGCCGUUCCGACAUCUUGGCUUCGUUUCAUUCACAGAUCAUUGAUGAGCUCCGACGCGGCGCCGUGGAACCCAGACGCGUACCGCGCUUCUCUCUUAUACCGCCAAACGGGCCCGUCGAGAGCACAGUCACACUGGAACAGGCCGAACGUGAGGCGCUCAACUGGGCCCAGUCGCGCGCCGCGAGUGCACCCCGACAGACCGACCAACCGACAGAGACAGCCAACCGACGAUUCAGGAACUAUCGGGAUCAAGCCUUGGCCGACCUUCUCGGUCGCAUGGAUGCCCAGCCCAGAAACAGUCAUCACUAUCUCAACCCCUUCCGACAGCGGCGUUCGUCUCCCCCUAUGCGUGACAGAUACAACAGCGACAAUCUUUCCAACACACAACGCCGACCAACUCGAGACCCCGUUGUAGACGGGCUUGGGGAUCGCCAGCGCAGUCCCAGCCCAGACGGCGAGCGAGAAACCGAUGCGUGGGAGACUUUACUCUCAACUAUUACACCCGAUGCCACCCUUCCAUCGACUGAUACUUCUUUCACCUCAACUUCUGCCGCUGGCCCGGAUAUUUCACGAAAUGGCCGUCCUCGGAGCUCUAUCACCCUGACCCAGCCAUUGUCAGUAGAUGCUGCCCGUGCUCACUUUGGACUCGACCCAUUUCCUGACCAUCUCAACCCUUGCGACUUCUCUUCCUCUGAUGAUGAGGAUCCUUCGAGUGAAUCCACCGGGCAGGCCGGCAUGACUCUUUCGUCGCGACGUCCUCCCGAUCAGCGUUCCACCAUGAGCAACCAUCCUCCCGUCUCUAUCCCUACAAUCAUUCCUGCAAGCGUUCUCGCUCUCUCUGACGGGCGUCAACAAAGUUUCUUCUCUGACCGUCACCAGAACGAUGAUCUCCACCACAUGCAGGUCAUCCUGGAUCGACUUGCCCGCCGCGAGGAUAUUCCCGACGACUGGUGGGCCGCAGCUGGCCUUGCCCGCACUCUCGACCGUGGCCUUAAUGCAAGUAUGGAAUCCACCGACACCGAGGGCGUUUCUCGAACAAACGAUAAUUGA